AUGAACAAGAAAGAAUCGUUCGCCAAAAUCACAUUCAUUGCGGAGCAGGCGAAAAAGGAAGGCAUCAAGCAUUUUUGGGUUGACAAUUGCUGCAUCGACAAGAGAAAUCACUCUGAAUUAUCGGCUUCUAUCUUGUCUAUGUAUCGAUGGUACGAGGAGUCUACAGUAUGCUAUGUUUAUCUCACAGAUUUUCCAACCAGCAAACGCAACCUCAAUGGAACGCCCGGGUGGGAAGGCAACUUCCUUAAUUGUCGCUGGUUCAAGCGCGGAUGGACAUUGCAAGAAUUACUUGCUCCCGCACGCGUCGAGUUCUUUGCUUAUAAUCUCUACCUUGGUGACCGAUCGAGUCUAUCACAAGAGAUACACAAGAUCACAGGAAUACGCGUGGAUGCCUUGAUGGGCACGUCUCCCAAGGACAUCCCUAUUGCCACCCGGUUGCGUUGGGCGACAGGGCGUGAGACAACCGUUCCGGAAGAUGAAGCAUAUGCCAUCAUGGGCCUAUGUGGCGUCGAGAUAAUGCCGCGAUAUGGCGAGUCUCGUGCGAAAGCCAAACAACGUUUGAACGAAGAGAUCAGGAAGACCUUCGGUAAUGCGGGUCUCGAUUUGGCGUCGACUUGGUCAGAACAGAAGUCUGCCGAAAUCUUGCGGCAAGACCAGUCAGAGGCUCGCAGAAAGAAGCUGAAAAUCCUUCAAUUCGACAGGAUGGAUUCCCGAAAGAUUGACAUAGCAAAAGCCCACAGAAAAACCUGUAAUUGGAUCUUGGAAAAUCCCAAAGUUCUAAAAUGGAGAGAUAUGGAAGCUACGAAGCAGCACUUCGGUUUCCUCUGGAUCAAAGGGCAUCCGGGCGCUGGUAAAUCCGUUCUGAUGAAGCAUCUUGAAGCUGAUACCUUAGAAACCAAAGGUCCUCGUGAUAUUUGCAUCUCCUUCUAUUUCUACGCUCGCGGAGAAGAGCUUGAGAAGUCACUAGAGGGUAUGUAUCGAUCGCUGCUCACUCAAUUGCUGCGAUCGGACGAGGACUUACAAAUUGUGCUUGAUCAAUUCGGUUCCAACAGUGGAUCGCGCACUAUGCUCGGACGACUUCGCACACUUCUGUCUGCCACCAUUAGAAAGCUCGAAGAUCGGCGAUUGCUCUGCUUCAUCGAUGCACUGGAUGAGUGCAAUUCAGAGGACAUGCAAGACACCAUCGACUACUUUCGUGGUCUAUGCGAGGAAGCUACGGAGAUCGGUGUUCAAGUGUACAUAUGCUUCGCCUCUCGCUACUAUCCAACUCUCAACAUUCCCACCGGGCUUCAACUUGAACUAGAUAGUAUCGAUGAGCAUCAUCAGGAUCUUAGCGAGUACGUCAAAAGUCAGCGAUUCUUCUUGGGUCCGCAAGGGAAACCCACAAGCAUACCAACCCAGAUUCAGAACAACAUCCUAGCGAAGGCGAACGGUGUGUUUCUAUGGAUUGUAUUGGUCGUUGAAAUCUUGAAAAUGGAAUACUUGAAAGGCCGCCUUCAUGCUGUUGAAGCCCGACUACACGAGCUACCCCCCGACCUUGAGACGCUUUUCAAAGAUAUUGUGCAGCGCGAUCGGGAGAACAUCGACGAAUUUAUGUUUUGCCUGACGUGGAUUCUGUACGCCAAGCGGCCUUUAUCCCUCGAGGAAUUCUACUUUGCCAUGAUGGCGGAGAGCGGCCAGCAUUCGCUGGAAUGGGAUGACACAGUUCUCGAUGACUUCAUGCAUAACUUUCUACGCAAUUCUUCGAAGGGUCUGGCAGAGCUCAGCAAGGGUAAGGACCGCCGUGUACAAUUCAUACAUGAGUCAGUACGAGAUUUCUUAUUGAAGGCUGAUGGUCUGAAAUAUGUGGACCCUGAUCACAAUACUUCAGCUUGUCAGGCCCAUGAAAGACUGAAGCAGUGCUGUAUGCGUGGCAUACAGACUCAGGUUGGCUCGUGUUUGCGCGUGAUGAAGCUCGCUGACCACCCUGCUCGGGAAAAUACGAAGUGGCAUCCAGCACUUCAGCGAGAAGAAUGUAUGCGACUCAGGGAAAACUUCCCGUUUCUGGAUUAUGCCACCCAUAACAUAUUCUAUCAUAGCGAUCAAGCCGCCACAGAAGUCCCACAGUGGAGUUUCAUCGCAAGAUUUGACAUCAAAAACUGGCUCACAAAAGCGAAUUGGCUGCAACAGCAUGAUCUCAAUGUGUAUACAGAAGACACUAAUCUGUCAUAUGUCCUUGCUCAACUAAAUUGCGCCAACCUCAUCAGCCUCCUUGCA